GAUGAGGAGAGGUGAGGAGGAUGAAGAGUUAGUUACUCUGCACUCCACUCCUAUUAAAACGGUAGACUUACAGUAUAGAAAAAGUGCCGUGCAGCCAUGGCUCCCACUUUAACUUCUCUUUAACGGGAUCAGAUCAGACUUUCAGUACUUUUCGAGUUUGCAUUUGAUUAAUGUCUGAACUAUAAAGGCGGCUGCAGCAGGAAGAUGUUGCUCUGCUUGUUAAAGUGGACCGUUUGCGUCCUCCGGCUCCUAACGACGAGCACCGCCUCACCUGACGAUGCAUCGGUCGACUUUGGGGGCGAGUCCGGUUCCGGGAUGCUGCAAACAGAUGAAGUGGACAUCCUGCAGGAGCUUUCUCUUCGUAUCUCAAAGAGCAGUAAUGCCUCCAUGACUGUGGGUGAGGGCAGGUGUCCAGUCUUACAGGUGGGACAGUACUCCACCUUGGCCCUCCCUCUGAGACAGAUCUUCACUGAUGGGUUUGAAGAUGAGUUCAGUUUGCUGGUGCAGCUGCGAAGUCCUCAGAGAGAAGAACGAAGUGUCUUUACUAUGCUCAGCCCUGACAGUCAUGUUAUGCUCCAGCUGCGGAUCAGUGCUCACGCUCUCAUCUUCAUAGGAACACAGCAGAGACACUAUGAGUUCCCAGUCAGUGGUUUGUCUGAUGGAAAGUGGCACCAUGUGGCUAUUAGUGUGGCUGCCAAACGGCUUGCACUGUAUGUGGACUGCUCGCUGCUGGAGAGCGUGGACUGGGUGUACUACGGCAUGGGGAUCAGCACCGAUGGGCUGCUCAUGGUUGGAGGCAUCAUUGAGAGCUUUGAGACACCAUUUGAAGGUCAUCUUCGACAGCUGGCCUUUCUGAUGGGUGAUCCAGAUGCUGCACAGCAGCACUGCAGCCACCACCCACCCCACUGCAGUAACACCACCCCCAACAAGCCUCCCCGCUCGCCACGCACCAACAACGCACUGCAGAAUAUAUUGCUGUCCUCAAAUGACCUGGAGGACCUGCUGGGGGAUCCAAAGGACGAGUCCUUACUGAGCUUUGGCCGAACUAAUGCAUUCCUACGACAAGGAAGUUCACGAGGGGACGGGACGGUCCCUUCCAGACCCAAUCGGAAAGGUUCAGUAGGUCGUGGGGGUGUUCUUUUGGUGGAUGAGGACACUGACUUGUUGGAUACAGUCUUCCAAAAUGGCAGACAAGUGAACCCUCAAUGGAAACCUUCCAGAAGUGGACCUAAGGGAAGUCAGAAAGGGAAACCUGAACUAUCAUCUAAAAAUUUGGAGGACAACAUUACCACAGAGAAGAAGAAAGAUUCUAGUGGAAGGACUUCAUCGCUGUUUCCUGGAAAACCUUCAGAUGAUAUAAUUGACUUGGACAUUGGAGGUUCCCAUAAGAAGCCCUCACUAGGUUUCCCUGUACCUCCUAAGAUCCCGUCAGAUCCAAGAUCCUCCACAGACUCCAACAGAGAGACUGGGACUGUUUCACCUUCACCUGAUGUCAAAGGGGGCUCCCUCACCACACAGAGUUCUACACAGUUUGAUCGUAGAGGUGUGCACAAAGGUAGACUACCAGAAAAAGGCCGUCCUGCAACUGUAGCCAUUGGAUCUCGAGAUGGAAACCUGGUCCUGGGCUCAGAUGGCAAAAUGUACCGGCUUCAGAGAGGACCACCUGGCCGAAUGGGUCCCCCUGGGCUGGAAGGUUGUUCUGGUGAGCCUGGCCUUCCUGGGUUUAAAGGUGAUAAGGGUAAGAUGGGCCCUGAAGGGAGACAAGGAAAAAAGGGGGAGAGGGGACCUCCUGGACCGCCGGGUUUGCCAACCCUCUACCUGUGGAGGAAUACUGCUGAGGAAUGGGCUGCAUUCCAGCAAACCAAUUUCUACCAGUUACUUGCCGCAGGUUGGCCUAGUAAAGAAGGCCCCGCAGGACCACCUGGAGAGAUGGGCAAGCCUGGCAGACAGGGGCCACCUGGUGAACCUGGGGAGCGAGGACAACCAGGGAUGCCUGGAGAGAUGGGUGAUCGAGGUCCUUGGGGCCCUCCAGGACGACCCGGGACCCCAGGGAGAGAUGGGGAAAAUGGGGAAGAUGGUCAGCCUGGGUCACCUGGUGUUCCUGGAUUACAGGGCCUGUGGGGGUACAGGGGAGAGCGAGGACCUAAAGGUGAAAAAGGUGAUGAGGGUCUCACUGGCACCACGGGUCCAAGAGGUGAAAUUGGUGAACCUGGUGAGAAGGGUGCAACUGGAUUACCUGGUCCACAAGGCCCUGUUGGACCCCGAGGGCCUCAGGGAAUCCGAGGUGGCACUGGGCCAGAGGGACCCCCUGGGCCUGAUGGGGAGGUUGGACUGGAUGGCUUUCCAGGUCUGCCAGGACAGCCAGGUUCACCAGGUGCUACAGGACGAGUUGGCGCUCAAGGAGUUAAUGGCUCAAGGGGGGACGUAGGACCUGCUGGCAGUGUUGGCCCAAAAGGCCCACAGGGGGCUCCAGGUUUUGAGGGACAGAUGGGACCUCCAGGACUCAGAGGACCCCAAGGGCAUCCAGGAUCGACGGGUGCUCCUGGGCCCAAAGGAGAUCCUGGGCCUGUGGGGCCUAUGGGUGCCAGGGGGGAUCCUGGCUCAGAGGGGGCCAUGGGUGCACCAGGGAGAAAGGGUGAUGUGGGUUUUCCUGGAGGAACGGGUAACAGAGGACCAGAUGGGGAAAAGGGGGAUCCAGGAGCUAAAGGCGACAGAGGUAUUCAGGGGGCAGCAGGCAUUAUGGGUCCUCAGGGAGAGAGGGGCCCCAUCGGAAUCCCAGGUUUCCCAGGAGCCAAAGGCCAGCCUGGCCCUAAAGGCUCUGAGGGCAUUGAUGGUGAAACUGGCCCUCCGGGAAAACAAGGCAGCUCUGGGUUAAAGGGAAACAGAGGACCAGAUGGACGCAGUGGCAAACCAGGUCUGAGGGGGAACAAGGGUUUGAGUGGACAAAGAGGUCACCCUGGCCUACCAGGCCCACCGGGUUUGCUGGGGCCACCUGGACCAGAGGGAGCAGAAGGAAAGCCUGGUACACAGGGUCCCUCGGGUGCAGCUGGUGUUGCUGGUAGUAAAGGGCUGAUGGGCUUUCAAGGAGUUGUUGGAGUGAGAGGAGCAGAUGGUCCUCUGGGUUCUCCGGGGCCACCGGGGAAGACAGGGCCUCCAGGCUCACCAGGACCCCCAGGAGACAGGGGUUUUACUGGGAAGCCAGGCUUGGAGGGACCUCAGGGCCCUGUAGGCAUGUAUGGUAUCCCAGGAAAUGUGGGGAUGCGUGGGCCUCCAGGGUUCACAGGAGCAAGGGGGGAGCCAGGUUUACGAGGGUUACCCGGUCCUGUUGGGAAGCCAGGCCCUCCAGGUUUACAAGGUCCUCAUGGAGAGAAGGGACCCCGGGGGCCUCAGGGCCGUCCAGGAGAUGAAGGGCUCAAAGGGAUCCAGGGACCACCAGGUCCUCCAGGUCUUCCAGGUCCUGAUGGGGCAAUUGGAAAACCUGGGCCCAAGGGAAGCAAAGGGCCCCCAGGAGCUCCAGGACCACAGGGACAGGCAGGAAUCCCAGGCCCACAGGGCGCUGAUGGAUCAUUAGGGGCAGCAGGGGAAAGAGGAACCAAGGGUUUACCUGGAUUACCUGGAGAAGCAGGCCCCACAGGACGAGAUGGACAACAGGGUCCUCCUGGCCAUACAGGAAUUGAGGGCCCACCUGGAAGAAAAGGAGACCAGGGGGACCUAGGUCCUUGUGGGACACCUGGUCCUAAAGGGCCACCAGGAGAGAGGGGACCACAGGGUGCACAAAGCCUACAGGGACCACCUGGACCAGUUGGUAAAGAGGGGGAUGUCGGGCUUCCUGGUGAGCCUGGAGAUCCUGGACCCAAGGGGGAGAAGGGUGAUUUGGGACCUAUUGGUUUGUCUGGUCGAGAGGGCCCCUGGGGACCCCUUGGAGAAAAUGGUGACAGGGGUCCAAAGGGGGAAAAGGGUCACAUGGGACUGAUGGGUGAACCGGGACUGAUGGGUGAAGUAGGCCCUGUGGGUCUGCGUGGGUUACUGGGAAUGACAGGUCCUCCGGGACCUCCGGGACCCGAUGGACCUCAGGGAGAGAAGGGUGAGCGUGGGCCCGUGGGAAUUAUUGGACCUCCAGGUUCAGGAGGUCCUCAGGGAAUAAUGGGGCCACGUGGUGUCAGAGGAGACCCUGGGAGGCUCGGACCACCUGGUCCAGUAGGACAAGCUGGGUUCAAGGGAGACCAGGGAGCUAAAGGAGAACCUGGGGAACAGGGACUGAAAGGAGAGCCAGGACCUCCAGGCCCACCAGGAGAGCCGGGCGAUGAUGGUCUUCCGGGAAUCCAAGGUCCUGCAGCUCUGCCAGGGUUAGAGGGGCCUCCUGGAGAGGUGGGACCUCAGGGUCUCCCAGGUCCCAUAGGUGCUCCUGGAGUUCAAGGUAGACUGGGACCUGAAGGGAAACAAGGGAUGAAAGGAGAGAAGGGAGAAGAAGGCAAGACUGGUUCACCGGGGAAGAGGGGUCACGCUGGAAGAAGGGGAAAAAGGGGAAAAGCUGGAGUCAGAGGGCCCAGGGGAGAGAGAGGACCCAAGGGUGAAAAGGGAGACACAGGACUGGUAGGCCUCCCUGGAUGGUCAGGACUCAUUGGAAUCCCUGGUUUACGUGGAGAACCAGGUGAUCAAGGUCAAAAAGGCGAAAAGGGUGACAAAGGAGACAUGGGACUACCUGGCCUACCUGGAGUUGAUGGUUUGAAGGGUAUCCGUGGUCCUGUUGGAUUGCCUGGUCCAGUGGGCUCAAAGGGGGAACAGGGAAACAUUGGUCUGCCAGGGCCCAGGGGUAUGUCAGGGAUGCCUGGAUUGCCCGGUUUGUUUGGAUUAAAGGGUUUGAAAGGCUACCAAGGUCUGCCUGGACCGCCUGGCAGGACGGGGCUUCCAGGUCCACCUGGCAUUCCCGGGCCUCCAGGAAAGUCACUGAACAUGACCUUGUCUCAGCUCAAGGACCUGAUGUAUAUGUCAGAUAAGCCCAACUAUCUUCUGAUCCAGUCGCUGCUGGAUACUCUUCAGCAGGAACUUCGGCUGCUUUUGGAUCCUCCUGAUGGCAGCAAGGAGCAUCCAGCCACUACCUGUCUGGAGCUCUGGCUCUGUCACCCUGAAUACAGCAGUGGAAUGUAUUACAUUGACCCCAACCAGGGCAGUCCUGCUGAUGCCCUGCUGGCUUACUGCAGCUUCUCUUCAACAUCAAAACAGACCUGCCUUCAUCCUCAAGACUCUCAGCUGCCCGUCAAAGCUUGGAUGGAAGAAUUUUCUGAAGAUGGAUCUUUUCAGUGGCUCAGCAAGCUGGAUCAAGGAUUUCAGUUUUAUUAUCCAGGUGCUAAUGUGGUCCAGAUGCGCUUCAUGAGAUUGCACAGUAGCACUGCUGUACAGAAGGUUACCUACUCCUGCCAUCCAGGACACAGACUGGGCCCGGCCAGCCGAGAGGCCAAAUUCCUCACUGACUCAAAGACACAAAGUUACCUCGGAGUACUUCAAGAUUGUGUGCCUGGAGAGGAGGUAGUUUCGGGUCCUCGGGAGUCUGUGUUGGAGUUUGAGGACCUCCAGCUCCUUCCUCUGAGAGACGUGGCACUAAUGGGAGGAGGAAACAUGACAUACCAGUUUGGUGUCACUGUUGGACCCGUGUGUUUCAGCUAGAGGUGGGAGAAAGCUGUGCCAUCCCAGAAGACUCUCAGGUCCAGGACACAAACUCUGUUUAAAGCACGGACAGGUGGAACCUAUCUUCCAGUCUGUGGAGUUUUUGCUUCUUUGUCCUCCUUGAGUUGGAGGAUUUUAUCUCUCAAGUUCAGUGACUGUGUAUGACUGAAUUUUAGAGGCCAAAAGUGCUCCCAGGCUUUUUUGCAGAGAAGGCAAUUUCGUUUACAGAGACAUUAAAUAAUUUAAAAGUGUAUUUUUUAUUUUUUUUUUUUUAUCCUUUACAUACAGUGUUUUGUUUUUGUUAUGCAGUCAUGCAGGGAUUGUGUUAUAGCUUGCUCACUGUCUAUAUUAAAAAGUCAGACUGUCAUAGCCGAUGUCUUAACAAUGUGUUCUUUACAGGGAUAUGGCUUCUGUUGUCCUAUAGGCCUUUAAACUCCCACUGUAAAUCCACUACUCUAGUACUGUAAAUGAACCCAGGUGCCUUUUUUUUUUCUCAAGGUGCUAAUUUUAUUCAAAAGACCAACAUUUAUUUAAUGCUACAACCAAUAGAACGGGACAGUUAUAUCCUUUGCGUACUUGAUUCUGUCUGUUGUCGACAAGACCAACUGUCUUCAUCUGUUGAAAUACAAAGCAUUGUUUAUUGUUUUCAGUGUUUCAUAUUAUUAUGGGGUUUUUCUUUUGUUGUUUUUUUUAAUUUGUCUCAGGUAUGACUCCACACGUUGGCACUGAAUCUGCUGUUGCCACAACUGUCGGUCAGUUUUGUAGUUUGGCUUUUAAGAAAUAUUGACUGAAAACGACCACAAUCCAACAAGCAUUUGUAAAUGGUAAAUGAAAGUAAUAUAUGAUUGUGCAAUCCUCAUCCAGCAAACCUCUCAGCUGCGUAGGGGAAAAAUCCCUGCUUAGAGCAGCUUAGUAGUGCGACCUGGCCAGCCAGACAGCCAAUGAAAUUCAUCCCUUUAGUGAUUUUGGUGACUUUUCUGACUGUGGUGGUAACACUGUGUGGAUUGUGACUGAUCGACAGUUGUUACAAGUGACUGUUAAUCUGUUUGCAUCAUUAGUAAACCAGGAUAAUUUAAAGAACGGACAAAGUUUUAAGUUAAAAAUUUCUAGAAAAUAAUGAAAGUUAGAUAAAUGGAAUCUGUCUUUUGCAUGCUAAUCGAGAGGUUUUAAAUUUUAGGAAACAAAAUCUUAAAAAUCUUGAACAGAUGUGUUCUUCUCCACAGCUGUUGCAAACAAAUAGACUGCUAACUUCUGAUUAAUUCACGGUUGCUGCAAACCACAGUACCCACGUCUCCUGGGCAAUUCUACAGUCUUUUUCCUCAAGUUUUUUUUUUUCAUGUUUAAGUCUUUAAUAGAAGUUAACAGUAGCAGCGAGAAAUAAACUUUCGGCUGCUCCCUUUAGUGGAUCAUCUGCCUCCUUCUCACCCUAUCUCUAGCAUCCUCCUCUGUCACACCAACCCUCUGUAUGUCCUUAUCCAUGAAUCUUCUCUAUUCUCUGUGCUGUUUGCAUGGACUGCAUGCAACCAAAGCCAGCAAAGACGUGAUUGGUCAAUAGAGCCACAAACAGAAACCAGAGCUUCUGGUACCAAUACCUUGGUAUAUUCUACAUAUUCAAAUAGAGAUUAACAGCUGUAUUAAAGUUAAGCUGUUAGGCUCCAUUUUUCAUUUAAAUUCUUGAACUAUACUAGAGUAGCAUUGCAUGAUUCACAGUUUAAAAUAGUACUUAUUUAUCUGACACUGAGCCUUGGUGCAGCCUAUCAAUUCAUCUACUCUCUGAAACAAACUGUUUUAGUACCUCUCCCGUUAAGCCACCUUUGUUCUGACUGGCUGCCCCUCACAAACAGGAAGUUCUGACAGCAGGUGGGUGGGCCUUCAGUGCUCACAGCCAGAGGUUUGAACCAGAGAUGACCAUAUAAAGAUUUUUGCACUGCUUGACAUCAUACAGAUCUAUGAGUAGUCUCUCUCAUGUGCACUUUAAAAAAAAAAAAAAAAAAUCAUAUUUGAUUUUUAAAAAUUGCAUGAAAACUAGGUCUGGAAAUAUGCUGAUUAUCCAGCUUACUGUUUUCCUCCAUUCCCUUUAAGGUCUUUGACUGAGAAUGCACCCUGUUUCAACUAAAUGUUUCCUAUCCUCUUGCCACAUGGGUUUAGGCCUACAUCAGAUUUUGUGUCCCUUUUAACAAGGGGAAUGUGACAUUCAAAAGUAUGAGUGUUACACAAACCUAAAAGUGAGAUUGAACACAUACAACCAGGAAGAACCAGGAUGUAACUGUAGAUUAAUUGCAAGAGUAGCACUCUGGCGCUGUACAGCCACUUAGCUUUGAGCAUUUCUGUCUACCUGCAUUUCUUCCUUAUUCAAUCUGCAAAGUGCUUGGGUCCAGUGAAACGAGGCGAACCUUGUAGCUGCUCAGCAGAAUUGGUGUUUGUGUCCCAGAGCCAGUCAGCAGUGAGUGAUGAGCACUGAGCUGUAAAGUGUGCAUGGAGAGUAAGAUCUCAGGGAGUUAAUGGUGAGAGCCAAAACAACAUCCCUGCAGCUGGAAAACAUAUUUCCUUCAAAAUCAUCCUCAUACCAAAUUCUGCAAAGAGCCAGAGGCCAACCAGAUGAAUUAGGGCUAAACAUCUUAAUCACAGGUGUUUAACUCUGGCUUUGUGUUUAAUGUUCAAUAUUUUAGUAUUUAGAUUUUAUGGUAGCAUUUUAUAUGAUUGCCUUAGCUGGCUGAGACUGAUCAUUGUUACUUUACUUGUUCUGUACAAAUUAUCACUUUUAAAAAUAUGAAACAACAUGCUGGGCAUCUA